CGAGAUUCCAAACUGGGGGAUCUAUAACUAAGCAGAAUGGCAAGCUGUAUUGCUCGCCUGUCCUCUAGGCCGGGUGUCAGAUCACCCGUCGGAGGCCCUAGCACCUCCAGCAAAGACCAACAGUCGCCACUAGCCGCGUUUAAUCACAGGACGAAGCGAUUGCUUGCUACUAGCAGGUUGCAUGCGAUUGGCCGAGGAUCUGUCCAGUGUUUAUUUACCAGUGGAUUGCGAGACGUACGGCGGUACCCGGGACGGCUGCCCGGGCUCCCCCGGGCUGCUGCGGAUGCCGCCGCUGAGGCCCCACCCAGCAGCAGCAGCAGCCUCACCACAGCAGGUGCCGGGCGCAAGAGCAAGAGCAGUAGGAGCAAGGGCAAGGGCAAGGCCGCAAGCAAGGCCCCUACGGUGCUAAGGGAGGUCAGGUGGGACGAUGUGGGCCUCACUGCGCGAGUGGAGCUGCGGGACGGACAGUUCCUGGUUGACUUGCAGCUGGACCCCCGUCCCCCCCAGCAGCCGCCUUCCCCCUCCCUGGUGCUGCACUGGGGGGUGGACGACUGGUGCUCACCGCCGCCCUCCUCCCGCCCGCCCGGCACCGGGCAGCCGGGGGGCGACACCGGCCCCUGCCAGACGUCCUUCACGCAGGAGGGGCGCCUGCAGCUGAGCUUUGCGCAGGACGAGUGCCCCUACCAGCUGAUCUUCGUGCUCAAGCAGCCCGCAGCAGCGGAGUCGCAGGCGGGCGACGAGGUGUGGUACAACAACGGUGGAUCCAACUAUGUCGUACCGCUGCGGUCGCCGCCGCUGCAGUCCUUCAUGGACAAGGUCCUCACCGCGGAGAGCAGCUACUCACACUGGUCGCUGCCGCAGCGGCUGGGGCUGGCGGCGGAGGUGCUGGACGCGGCGGAGGCGGCGGGGCCCCCCGGCAUGGCCUUCCUGUUCACCUGGCUACGCCUCAGCAGCACCCGCGUGCUGGAUUGGUACCGGGGCGCCAACCUGCAGCCCAAGGACGUGGCGGCCAUUCAGGCGCAUGCGGGGGAGAGGAUCGCGGAAAAGGCCCGCUCUGCCUCGCACCCGCUCUCCCGCCUGUUCGCGCGGGGGGCGCUGGCGGGUUUGCCCCGGGGGGGCGGCAACGGUGACGACAUCCGCAUGGGCAUUCUGAACAUCAUGCGGGGGCACGGCAUCAGGGAGGGGCACCGGCCGGGCCACGACGAGCCCUUCCUUGAGCAGUGGCACCAGAAGCUACACACCAACACCAGCCCCGAUGAUGUGGUGAUCUGUGAGGCCUACCUGGCCUUCCUGCACAGCGGCAACCAUGACGACUACUGGCGGGUGCUGUGGGACAACGGGCGCCUCACUCGGGGCAUGAUGGAGAGCUGGACCAAACCCAUCAAGGCCUGGCCGCAGCACAUGCCGCACCUCAUUCCCGCCUUCAAGCACUACCUCUGGAUCCUCAAGACCACCCACUCGGGGGCGGAUCUGGAUACCGCCAUGGAGAUGGCCAAGGGGCACAUGGACGACCACACCCGCUGGAUGAUCUACGACAUCCUCUCCCACCGCCACGAGUGGUGGGUGCCGGGCAAGAUUGUGGAGGCGCGCACUCGCCUGGCGCAAUACUGGAAGUCCCCUGGGUCCAGUCGCGACCUGCAGCUGCUGGACAUCGCGCUGGAGGGCUGGAUGCGCACCUGCCUGGAGCGGUCGCUGGAGGGCGGCAUGGGGCGGGACGACAUGGUGGAGGUGGUGGCGCUGGUGCUGCGGGGGGCGCUGCUCACCCUAGACGACCCCGACCUGCACCUGUGCGCCCUGCUGUGGGAGCGGCUGCGGCCCCACCCCGCCCACCCCGCCGGCCCCCUACCCGGGGAGAGGUGGGGGCGGGAGUGGGCGCUGGGGGCGAGGGCGGCGGCGGAGCGACUGGGGCUGGGACUGACCGCACACAUGGACACGGUGUAUGGACUGGUCCAGCCGCACGCCGAGUCGUUCGGCCGCUCCUGCAGCCUGUCCCCCGCCCACACCGCCAACCUGGGGGAGGAGGUGGUGCGCGGGCAGCCGCUGUUCCUGGCCGCACUGCUGCUGCAGCGGCUGGAGCGGGGCAUUCGGGAGGCGGCGGGGGGGGCGGACUGGCAGAUUGUCAGCAUGCCCGCUCCCGGCUCCCCUCCCCUCACGGGCGAGGUGGUGGCGGUGGGGGCACUGGCGGAGGUGCAGGGCACCGUCUUCGAGCGACCCACGGUUCUGUUGGCGGGCAGUCUGACGGGCGUGGAGGACAUCCCGGCGGGUGUGGUGGCGGUGCUGACGAGGAGCAGCACGGACGUGCUGUCGCACCUGGCUAUCCGGGCGAGGAGCCAGCGCGUGCUCCUGGCCACCUGCUUUGACGAGGCCGCAUGGCAAGCCUGGCAGGCCGUGGCGGCACCAGCACCAGCAUCUCCAGGAGCAAAUGGGCAGCAGCAGCAGCAGCAGGAGGAGGGCUCUGCAACCGGGGCAGCACCCAAGCGGGUAGCUGUCCUGGUGGACCCCGCCGUGAGUGCCAUCAUGCCCGCGGAGGCACCCGCUGCCGUACAGGUAACAGCCGACGGAGCGACUGCCGCCUCCGCCUCCGUCGCUGGGUCGAGUGACCCACGGGUCGUCAUCACACUCCAAGCGCCGCAGCAAACCUCCGCAUGGGCCCUGGGCGAGUCCGAUUUCCAGCCCGGGCUAGUGGGAGCCAAGGCGAUGAACCUGGCGACGCUGCGACGUCGCCUAGCGGCGGUGAUGCUGACGUCAUCAGUGUGCCGGCGUCGGUCGCUCUGCCGUACGGCACGUUCGAGCGAGUGCUGUCGGAGGAGCCGCGCAACGCCGCCGCCGCGGCGGAGGUGGCGCGACUGGUGUCGGCGGCGGCGGCGGCGGCGGAGAGCGGCGGAUUGCCUCGUGCUGAGCUGGAGGAGCUGCGACGGGUGGUGGAGAAUGACCUGGUGGCGCCGCCGGAUCUGGUACGGCAGCUGGCCGCCGUGGCAGCGGCGCAGGGGCUGAUCCCCUCCGCUGACCUCUGGGAGGACGCCGCCGCCGCUGCCGCCGCUGCCUCUGGUAACAAUGAGGACGAGGACGAGAAUGGCGCCGAGGAGGAAGAGGAGCAGGAGGAGGCGUUCUCCACCUCCGGUUCCGAGCACGCCUCCUCCACCUCCGCGCACCUGUCCUGGCCGGCUGUGUGGUCCGCUGUGUGUCGCGUGUGGAGCUCCAAGUGGACGGAGCGCGCGUGGCUGAGUCGGCGGGCGCUGGGCAUCCGGGAGGGGCAGCUGGUGAUGUCGGUGCUGCUGCAGCAGGUGGUUCCAUUCCAGUACGCCUUCGUGCUCCACACCUCCAACCCCGUGACGCACAAGCAAGGGGAACUGCUGGGUGAGGUGGUGCUGGGUAUGGGUGAGACGCUGGUGGGCAACUACCCGGGCAGGGCGCUGGGAUUCACGGCGGCAGCAGCGGGGGGAGGAGCGGGAGGAGCGGCGGGGGAGCCGGAGCUCCUCUCGCUUCCAUCCAAGCGCAUCGCUCUGUACGCGCCGGCCGGAGCCACGCCCACUCUGAUUGCACGCUCCGACGCCAACGCGGAAGAUCUGGAGCAGUACGCAGCUGCCGGACUGUACGACAGUGUCCCGCUGCAGCCGCUGCUGUCCCGCCCCACCGACUACGCGUCCGAGCCACUUCUGAGCGACCCCGCCCUGCGCGGCGCGCUGCUGGGUCGUCUGGCCGGGCUGGGGCGGCGAGUGGCAGCUGCGUUCGGGGGCCGUGAUCAGGACGUGGAGGGCGGCGUGGUGGGGGGGAGAUUGUAUGUGGUGCAGGCGCGGCCGCAGGUGGCAC